UGCAAUGACUGCGGUGGAACGGUCAUAGAGUAUGACCAUGCGGCCGGAAACGGCUUUUGCAUCAAAUGCGGGACCGUCGUCGAAGAAAAUGCGAUCGUGAAUGAGGUCGCAUUCGGGGAGACGUCGAAUGGCGCGGCGAUGGUUCAGGGUUCGUUUGUGGGUCAAGGAGCUACCCAUGCAAGGAUUAGUGGGCCCUAUGGUAAUAGAGGGAACAAUGAGUCACGGGAGCAGACGAUAGCGAAUGGUGCCAAGAAGAUACAGAGUAUAGCGAACAUAUUAAGACUCUCAGAGGUCGUCUGUCUCGCAGCAACACGAAUGUAUACCCUCGCAGUUGAACACAAAUUUACCAAGGGCCGAAAGAGCCUAAACGUAGUGGCAGUAUGUCUCUACGUGGCAUGCCGUCAGAAAGAAACACGAAAUUACAUGCUCAUCGACUUCUCGGAUUUGCUUCAGGUCAACGUCUUCGAACUUGGCCAUACAUAUCUCCAACUUGUACAAACUUUGAACCUCCGUCUCCCCCUCGUUGAUCCCUCCCAUUAUAUCUCCCGCUUUGCCGCCCUCCUCGAGUUUGGGGAUGAAACACAUAAGGUGGCCACCGACGCCGUGCGCCUCGUGCAACGGUUUGACCGAGACUGGAUGACGCGCGGUCGGCGUCCAGCUGGCAUUUGUGGAGCCGCACUUUUGUUGGCGGCACGCAUGAACAACUUUCGGCGGUCUGUCGAGGAGAUCGUCCAGGUGGUGAAGAUUGCGGACACCACCCUCAAGAAACGAUUGGAUGAAUUCAAAGCCACACCAAGCGGAAGUCUCACUCUCGCAGACUUUAGGAACGUGUGGUUGGAGGAGGAGAUGGACCCACCUGCGUUCACGAAGGGAAGGGAGAAGGAGGAGGCGGAGAAGGAAGCAAGUGAGCAGGGCGGUGCUGAUUCAACAGUGAAUGGGAAAAAGAAGGCGAGGAAGAAGAGAAAGGGGAAGCGGAAAAGGGAAGAGUCGGAUGAAGAACCGGAAACCCAGGAGUCGAGACUGCAUCUACCGUGCUGGCGGAAGAAGUGUCAACGGACUUUAUUGACCGAAGCACUCGAUGAAGCAGAAAAGAGGCGGCUGGCGCAGAUAUCUGUCGUUGACGAGUUACUGGGUCUUGACGAAGCUGAAUUGGAUCGCUUCAUAUUGAGUGAGGAUGAAGUAAGGGUCAAAGAACGCGUUUGGGUUGAGCUGAACAAGGAAUACCUCGAGGCGCUCGCUGGUAAGUCUUUCUCUGAGUGUCAGAGUUUCCCCCUUUGUCUCCAAGGUUUGUCCCGACGAAAAGGCAACAACAAACCACGAGACGCGUCUACCGCUGCCGGUGGAACAACCGCGGAAUCUGUGCGCAAUCUCCUCAAGAAGAAUCCCAAAUACAGUAAACGGAUCAAUUACGACGCCCUCAAAGAUCUCUUC